UAUCUAUCGCACACUCUCUGGCUGGCUCUACAUUAUCCCCAGUAAAGAUAGAGCACAGAACACAACACAAAGCAUCGUGAGAGAAUUUAUCAUCAUUCAUCAACAGCAACAAUGUCCUUGCUGUGUGGUUCACCAUCAGUGACGUUCCCUUCAUCUUCUUCAUUCUCUCAUCACAAGAAUUCAACUUCUAAAUCUUCCUUUCUUUCUUCUCAAUUACCACUUUCAAACCUUUCAUUAUCAUCUUCUUCAAUUCGUUCUCCAUCUUUCAUUGUCCAUUCUCAGCAGGAAACUUCCAUUGUCGCAGAAGAAGAAGAUCCUCGUUUCAUCUGUGUUGAACCUGAGCCCCGCUUUCAAGGCCCGGACAUUUGGAACACAACCUGGUAUCCAAAAGCUUCGGAUCAUGUCAAUACAGAGAAAACGUGGUAUAUUGUUGAUGCUACAGAUAAAAUUCUUGGAAGACUAGCAUCAACAAUUGCUAAUCACAUCCGAGGGAAAAAUUUAGUGACUUAUACACCCAGUGUGGACAUGGGUUCAUUUGUAAUUGUGAUAAAUGCAGAAAAGGUUGCUGUCAGUGGGAAAAAGAGGACCCAGAAGCUUUAUCGGCGGCACUCAGGUCGACCUGGUGGUAUGACAGUCGAGACAUUUGACCAGCUGCAGAACAGAAUUCCUGAAAGAAUUAUUGAACAUGCUGUUCGUGGCAUGCUUCCAAAAGGGAGGCUUGGCAGGACUCUAUUCACACGUCUGAAGGUUUAUAGCGGCCCAGAUCAUCCACAUGAAGCGCAGCAGCCCAUUGAUUUGCCAAUUAGGGAUAAGAGAAUACAGUUGCAGAGAUAAAGACAUAGGUGUACGUUGCUUAGAGCAUGGAAUGAAAUAUGAGUAUAUGACAAACACUCUUGUCCAUUUCACUGAACAUCGAGCGUUUUUCUUUAGUUGCUACUUUGAAUGUAUUUCAUUUGAUGUUUAUAUUGUCUGUAGAUGUAUCUCAUUACUGUAUUGUAUUGUUUUCAUCCAAGGUUCUUUGUUGAAUCUUGAUAGGACCUUUUUUUUGUGUACCUUUGAAGAUUAAACAUGUCCCAUUUUUAAAUA